CGAGGACUUGCCAUCUGGUCGGCAGACUCCCUCCACUCCUCCCAAAACCCCACCACACCAGGCGCAGAGUAAUCCGACUCCCCAGAGGGCUCCGCGCUGGUCCACUUCUUCCCUCCCCGUCUCCCAGCUCCGGCGCGUCUCGCCCAGGCGCACAAACCGGGAAGGAAUGAGCGACAGAAGCGCGUCGGGAGGCUGCCGGGGUAAGUGUGGACGUCUGUGUAAGUGUGAGGCCAUCAUGGUGGCAUUUAAAGGCAUCUGGACUCAGUCUUUCUGGAAAGCUGUUUCAGCAGAAUUUUUGGCAAUGCUAAUUUUUGUCCUCCUCAGCCUUGGCUCUACAAUCAACUGGGGUGCAGCUGAAAAACCUCUGCCUGUUGACAUGGUCCUUAUUGCUCUCUGUUUUGGACUCAGCAUUGCAACAAUGGUGCAAUGCAUUGGACACAUCAGUGGGGGCCAUAUUAACCCUGCUGUGACUAUUGCAAUGAUCUGCACUCGGAAGAUCAGCCUUGCCAAGUCAGUCUUCUAUAUUGCAGCCCAAUGCCUGGGUGCCAUCGCAGGGGCAGGAAUUCUCUACCUUGUCACCCCCCAGAGUGUAGUAGGGGGCAUGGGAGUUACCCAGGUACAUGAAGACCUGUCUGCUGGCCAUGGACUACUGGUGGAGCUGAUAAUUACAUUCCAGCUGGUCUUUACUAUUUUUGCCAGCUGUGAUUCUAAACGAAGUGAUGUUACUGGUUCAGUGGCAUUAGCAAUUGGAUUGUCGGUUGCUAUCGGACACUUGUUUGCUAUCAACUACACAGGUGCCAGCAUGAACCCUGCUAGGUCAUUUGGACCUGCGGUUAUUAUGGGAAAAUGGGAACACCACUGGAUAUAUUGGGUGGGGCCAAUUAUAGGAGCAGUUCUUGCAGGUGCCCUUUAUGAAUAUGUCUACUGUCCUGAUGCUGAACUCAAACACCGUUUCAAAGAAGCCUUUACUAAAACAAGCCAACAAUCCAAAAGAAAAUACAUAGAAGUAGAAGACACCAGGAGCCAGGUGGAGACUGAUGAUUUGCUCCUGAAGCCUGGAAUGGUCCAUGUCAUUGACCUUGAGAGGGGUGAUGAUAAGAAGGGAAGAGACCCAAGCAAUGAGGUGCUAUCAUCUGUAUGACUAGCAAGGACCACUGAAAGCGGAGAGAAGUCUACUAGCAUGCCCACAGAUAGCCUUCCACCUAUAAAAGAGACAGAUCUGUUAUAAACUAGCUACCUGCGAUAUCAUAAAAUGGUAGGAAGAUGGCAGCAAUGAAUUAGCCAUUUAUCAGACCACACUUCCAUUCUGUUGAAAUAGUAGCAGUUAACUAUGUUGAGGGAUCCUCCUAGAUUAUGCCACAUUCAUAAAUAUUCUUUAGGUGAUAGUUGUAAGGGGAAUUCUUUUAUUCUCUCUUCAUCCCCCGGUGAAUUUUGAAAGAGGCUUUGGUUUUAAUGCAAGCAGUUAUGAGCAAGAAAUAGCAAUCUUUGUCAAUCAGAUCGACAGAUGAAACUUAUGCCUAUAGACAUGAAACAAAGUGUCUGUCAGAUUGUUCUUCUGACACUUAAUUUGCUGUUGUCAAUCCUGAUUAGAAUUUUAAUGACAGUGACAGCAAAAUCAACAUGCAAAAUACAGCAAAUGCUUCCGAAGCAUUUGCCUUAUUUCUCCCUUCCAAGCUAGUCCUAUCAUUUUCCCCCUUCCAUGCUACAUUUGGGGAAAGAAUUUUAUUUUUAAAAACAAGAAUUGGCAUAUUCACUCUUUGUACACCCCUCCCCAAAGAAAGCCUUCUCCUUUUGACAAAUAAGCUUGAAAGUGGAGGGUGCUCUACCCCCACUUUGUUGUGCUUCCAUGAAAAAGUUCUCAUAAGAUUAGCUGUAUCGCAUACUAUUGUUAGAACUGUUGAAGGCCUCUUGUUCAUUAUAUGUAUGAUACUCCAUCCUGCAGUGCAUGCAUUCCUGCCAAAGUUAAGCACUAUGAAUUCCAGAUACUUUUAAUAAGAGACAUUUAUGCACAUGCUUAACUUUCUCAAUGAAAUCAACGGGACCUAAUGGUUAAUUUUUGGUGGGUCAUGUCCCAUAAAAAUAUGCAGAUAUCAAAAAGAAGACAAAGGCUGAUCUGUUUUCAGUGCACUCAUUCAAACAAAUACAAUGUUAUUGUGCCAGUUUUAUAUACCUGAAAUGUUAAAAUUACAUAACUAUUUCGCUCACAGUGUGAUUUUUUAAAAAAAAGUAUAACAAGCAGGCUUUUAUUAAUUCUUUAAAAUACUGCUGGAAAAUGCUUGGUAACUGAUGGUUUGCUUUUGAAUACUUUGUUGUUAAAAAGAUUUAUUUUAUACCUGCUUCAAAUGCAAUGUAUUUCCUAUAUAAAAAGCUCUUAUGUGCAAGAAAAAUCCAGGCAAACUGCAUGUAGAUUGCCACAUGUAGCAGUUGCAGACAUGUCUGUUCCACUGUGCUCACACCCAGUGUAGAUAUUCUGGAAAGCAAUAGUCAGCAGAGGUGUGGGCAGGUGCCACAUGAUCUCCACACAGUAAUAAUAUCAACAAACCAGUUAAAUGGCAUCUGUGAACUUUCAAUGCAUCAAGCACAUGGAAUAGCUUGCAACUUUGUGUGACACUGUGUUGCUGAAUGGCGAGUUUGCCAUUUAUACGCUUCAAGUGCUUUUGGUCAAAAAGGAGUAACGUUUACACUUUCUGUGAAUGUAGUCAGAACUGAGUUUUGCUAUGACUGAGGCUCUCUGUAUGGGACUCAUCUGUCCCCAUUCAGGGUUUGUUAGUGAAACAUGACAAAUAUACAGAAUCACCCCAAGAACACCUGGUCCUGUAAGAAAUGGUGAUGAUUAGGGAUGCUGUACCAGUGGAUAAUUUUCCUCCAUGGAAGCACCAUUCAACUAACGAAAUUGUCAAGCAUGAAACAGCACAAAAAUGCUCCGCACAAAAAGGAAAGAACUGAGAGUACAGCAAAGUCAAAAUGAAGAAAUCCAAUUAAGACUGCAGUCCUAAACUUACUAAGUUACACUAACUAAGAACUAAGCCCCAUUGGGAUGUUGUGGGACUUAACUUCUGAGUAAAAAUGCAUAGGACUGUGUAGCAAAAAUUCCCAGGUGUGCCAAAGGAAGACCCUAAGAAAGAUACUAAUGGCCUGACUAGUGCUGUUGUUCUUGGGUCCUUUUUACAGGGCUUCACAUAGGCAUCUAGCUGGCUCCUGUGAUAACAGGAUGCUAGACUAGAUGGGUCAUUGGCAUGAUCCAGCUGGUGUUUCUUACAUUCUUAGUAAAUGAACUAUGUAUUUUUUUUACCAUUCUAAGCCAUCUGAUGGUCAAAAGGCAGUAUACAAAAAAGUUUCUACAGGUGUGGCAAUUAAUUAUCAUCCCAGUUCAGAAGUCUAUAUGUGUCCUGAUGCACAUACAGAGCUACACAUGUAAGCUGUUCCAUUCAUCAACGGUGGAGUGACUCUGCAAACAUGUUAAAGGGAGCUCUGUGGAUGACACUGGAACUCCUUCAUCAAGAGCAAUUUAUUGAUUCAAGAUCAUGUGUCUUGCAAUCUUGAUGUAGGAAGUUCUUCUUUACUUUGUUCCAAAAAAAGAUCAAAAUGAUAUCUUUUUAUUUGGCACCAUUCACAGAUCUCUGUAAUAUAAAAGUUUACAAAAACUGUCUAGCAAAAUAUCUCUUAAAAAAAUUAUGACAAUUCUCAGUGUCUUUCAGAAAGAUUCAUCAGCCAAUGUUUUAUAUAUAUAAUCCUGGAAGUAGGUACAGAGUUUUCAUUUCACUAGUAACGUGAAUAGCAUAGGUAUCCUUGGUUGUGUUUCUAAAAUCUUUUGCACUGGUAUAACAAUUACUAUUUGGUUAUACACUGAAGCUUCACUUCAUAAAUCUCUGACUGUAUUUUUUACCUAAGCCUUUUCUCUUUAAAUUUGUAUUUUGGUAAUGCUUUAUCGUGCAUGUUUAUACUUUACAUUUUGUUAACUCAUCAACUGUGAUGCACUUACAAGUUAUUUCAGUGGCUUAUUAAGCUACCUUUCACACUGAUGUAAUAUGUGAAUCUUAUAUUUGAGAUAAUGUUACUGCCAAGUUGUUCAGAGAAAGCACACGAUGCACAGUAAAUCAUUUAGUGACCAAUACAGCUUCACAUAUCCCAUCACCAGAUAGGCUCAAUAGUUUAUCCCACAUUGUAUACCUAACCAGACCAGCAUGGAAUCCUAGGAAUGGUUUUGAAAGAAGUGCAUUAUUGUCACUGUUGGCUUAGUCCUAACUUUUCUUCCUUUUCCAAAAGUUACACCAAAUAAUUUGAAAAUGUGGGUAUUGAAAGUACCAUAAGCAGAACUUUGAUCAGUGGUGCACGGGUGUAUGAAAGAGAGAGUGAGUUUGCAUGUGUAUAGUGUACACACAGUUCCCAAUGCCGUACUGGCAGAAAUGGCAACAAGAAUGUUAAUUAUGUAAUGUGUGUUUCUUGCGUUUGCCUUUUAUAUAUAUAGCAAUUCUCAACAAAGAUAAUUAGCUUUAAUCAGUUGCAUCAAUAUAAUUUGAAAUGCUUGGUACAAAAGGCAGCAAUUUUCCUUGGAAUGUUAUCCGUUAGGAUACAUGCAAUUUUUUCCACCAUACUGAAAGAUACACAUAAAAAAUAAGAGUAUCAGAUCUUGUUUCACUAUGGUUGGAAGCAUGUGGAUAGGGGGGCACAUGGUGUUCUGCUUCUCACUUGUGCCCCUCUGCAGGUGAAGAGCCAAAAGAAACCUCAAAGUCAACAUGCAAAGCUGAAGUAAAAAAAAAAGAAGAGAUGUCACAAAACACCCCAUUCUGGAAUCUCAGAAAUGUAUCCAGAAUCAAGUUUUAUAAAAGUCUAUUUAAAGAUGCAUGAAGGAUAAAAUAUCUACCAUUUGUAGGACCAAUGAUAUGGGAUAAACUAGUAAUAGUACUAUACAUAUGGCCAUUUUAAAAAAAAGUUAUUACAACUUCAUUCAAUAUGAUCCAAACUAAUGUGAUAAUAGACUUCUGAAUCACAAUGUGUAACAUUUGGAAUAAUCUACUUAAGAUGUUUUACUGUCAAUAAUAGAUUCUUAUCUUGUUUCCCUUCUAUUGUGCUAUAUGCUCCACAC